AGGCGACGGAGCUGAGAAUCCCGAAACGGAAAGGGGCAAGAUGAAGAGCUUUGGAGUGUGUGUCGUUGCCUGCUUGUUGGCACUCGUGCCGCUGGCAAAUUGCGGCUGCCUCGACAGGGAGGACCACCCGAUCAGCCACCCGAAGCAACUGAGGAAACUAGACCCAAAGAAACUCGACGAGAUCUUCACACAUGGUCAGCAGCGCAGCCCAGCGGAUGGCGACGUCCACACGGAUGCUUGUGCGUGUGCCUAUGCGUGUGUGUGUGUGUGCAGGGUGCAUUGAGGACAAGAUGAUGCUGGGCCCGGCUUACGGCGAGGUCAUAGCGACGAUGCUGCCCUUCCCCUUCGACUAUGUGUACCAGGAGCUGUUCGGGCUGGCCUGGGAGGGCACCUUCAUGCAGAAAACGCACUGCAAGGGGGAGGACUUCCACUUCCACUUCUCUCUCCUCAACCCGCUCGACGGCUCCAAGGUAGACAGACACACGCACCCUGUGUGUGCCGCAUCAUCUGUGUGAGUGUCUGUGUUGCCCUCCCUCCCCCUCUGUGUGUGCAGCUGUUCAAGAGCCAGGUCACAUGGUUCCCCGCCAAGGCGUCCAUCGGCAAGCUGCCUGACAAGCACAAGCGGCUCGACGAUGAGAAGUCCUACAUCUACGACUACUCCGUCUCCAAGACCGACUGCCCGGACGAGGUGUCGCCCUGGGGUCGGCAGAAGUACCCCUUCGACAACCCCCCGCCCCUCAAGCUGAUCUACGACGAGGCGCGCAUCGUGGGUGUGUAUGACGACAAGCCCAUCCAGCUGGUGCGGGUCUUUUUGAAUGUCUACGAGAAGCUGCUAAUACCCAUCUGGUACGAGAUGUACGUCAGCGGCGAACAGCCGACGGACGGCGAGUCUGAUGAGUAGGCAGGGCAGGAGAGCUUGGGGUGGGUUGGGGGCGACAGAGAGAUGAGUGCACUGCACGAUGCAUGUAUCAAUUCGAUCAGGACAGUGAGUGCAGACAGGCCGUGAGCGUGCGUGAGUGAGUGAUGCGUGUGGGUGAUGGUUUUUUGGGCGUCCCGCGUGCAAAAGACACACAUGGGGCCCUCCCCUCCUCUCCCCCUUCUGCGUGUAAUGGCGUGAUGUGCCUGUGCUGCUGCAAUGAGGUAUGAGAUUUGAGGUGUGAGAUGGAUGGGUGGCGGAU